AUGUUGAAAGCAGCCGCCGUUCAUCUGCUUCUACUGUUACUGGCCAUCGUAUUCAGUACCGCUGAGGGCAGUCUCAGAGAAGAAGCGAUGGAUUCGGAUCUCUCAGAUCAAAGGACCGAGGGUGUUAUGUCGCGGUUUAGAAGGAUGGACUGUUGUCGAUACAAUCAGGUGCUGAAUUGCUGUACGUUUUUGUGGGAUUGGAACGAGGCGAUUUAA